UGGGCCUUUUGAGCAUCAAUAAUCCCUUCCUAGAGACAAAUAAAAUAGAUACAUAUUGUAUGCUGAGAUCCACUGCCUGUGUGGCCGAGAGCGACCAUGGUUAGGGAAUCAAGCUAGAACUACACAAACUCACAGCUGCUCUCCAGGUACUGUAACUUUAUCCCCACAUUGAAAGAUGGCUAUUGGGAUCUGGGUGGGACUAACUAGUCGCCCCCGCAGCAACCACUCAGAUCAGGGCCACACUCCGGCUCCUUUUACUCUAAGCUGUUAAAUUUCCCCGGCAAUUUUUGGAUGGAGAAAGAGCCUGGGGAAAAAUGAUGCAUAAUGAUUCGUUCUCCCGGCGGAUGAAACGGAGAGUAGAGGACGCAGGAUGCUAACUGGCUUUUCCUCCCAUGUGCAGGUCACCUGAACCGCGAUGCCUUUCUAGUCUCCGAGGAGGUUCCCUGAACUCGCCAUCUGGCUGGGUUUUCAAGAAGAAACAGUUUCAUGCCCACCUGCCCGCGGCGUCUCCUCUCGGGCACCCCUCCGCCCCGGCCCCCAGCCCCUGCCAGGCGCACGAGCUGCUGCCGGCAUCCACGGUCCCGCCUGCUCCGGGCUCGGGGCCGGCAGCUCCCCCGGCGGCCGCCUCUGCACCAGUCGCCAACCUCCGCGCCCGGCCGAGGUCAUGCCCGCCUGCCCCCGGCUCCGGCGAGCCCCCUCCCGGUGCCAGUUGGCAAGCCGGAGAAGCGCCGGCAGGGAAGGGGGUCCGUAGCAGAGUUGGCACCCGGACUCACCAGCUGGAGAACCAGGAAAACCAGCAGCAUGACUGAGCACAGGGCUGCAGACUUGAGAAUACGAACUGAUGGUCUGAUCUACAGUGGUACAGAAAUGCUGUUGGAAUCUACAGGCAAAAGAAACUUGGAGAGACGACAUGCAACGGAGAGGUUCGUAUCCGCUUCCAAAGAGCAGGACCAGCAAAGCUUGGUGGAGAAGAAGAAUGACUUUCAUUUCAUCUCAUCUGCACGAGCUCUCCUGUAACUCACCAGUUCUGCAAUGGAGCGAAGUGGACAGUUCUUCAUUGUGCACCUUUAUCAUGCAACUCUUAAAGCAGAACGCUGAAAAUACAAGAAUAGGUGCUUGACCUUAUAAUGAUCUAGCACAUCACCUCUCUGAGUCCUGAGGCAGCCACACUAGCGGGGAAGCCCUGGGUACGGCUAUUGUAAAACCAUAUCGUGAAAGAGAUGCUUUUGGUCGUCAUGUAUCAAAAGUCACAGAAAACGCCUCUGGAGAAGAGCUGGAUAGGCACUGGCGUAUGCUCAGAUGAAGAGGAUUGCUGAAAGUGGUGCCUGCCACACACCAGCUUGGAAGGGUGCUUACACAAACCUGUUUCCAAACCUGCUUCUCCAAUGCCAUGCUUCUUAAUCCACUCAAGUUUUGACAUCCCAAAUCAACCAACCCAAGUGUUUCUGUCCGUUUAUGUUGCUGCAACAAAAUGCUUAACACUGGCUAGCUUAGAGGAGCUGAACUUUAUUUAUCCUUGUGCAGUCCAAAAUCAAGGUACUCUCAGAUUGUCCAAUGAGGGUGAUGCUCCUCUUCCAAAAUGGCAUGAAGGAAAACGAUGGCAUGGCUCCUAGUGUGGGAUAUUCAUUUUCACUGCUGGUAUCCAACCUCUCCCAUGCCGUUGGUGCUCAGUGGAGUGCUGAUGAGAUGCUGUCUUCACUGUGAGCGUGACUGUCCUCUCAAUAAAGGAACUUGA